AUGCUGAGGAUUCCUGGCUACUCGCUCGUGAGAUUGGAUCGCUGUAAGGUUCGGAGUGGCAAAUCUAGGGGAGGUGGUAUCCUCGUUUGGAUUGAGAGCGCAUGCUCCUUUGUAACAGUACAUACCCUCAAUUAUGAUCUGGAGCAUGUGACUCUGAAGCUUGACUAUGGUGCACCGCUACUUCUCUCCGUUGCUUAUCUACCGCCAGUUACGUCUCUCUCACCAGUGAUAUUCGAGUCAUCUUUGGAUUCCUUUUGCUGUUCUCUGGAGGAUUCAGCUGCCAGAUAUCCUGAGUGUGCUGUUCUAAUUGUGGGUGACUUCAACCUUCCCCGCUUCAUGUGGUCGGCUUGUGAUGGUGUGCUUUCAUCUGAUGCACUGGCAAGUAGGAUUAUUCGUGAUUCGGCAUCUAGAUUAGAGAGUUGUACGAGCUCUCUUAAGUGCGCUCAGUUGAUUCGUUCGUCAAAUUGCUCUGGAAAUACGCUUGAUCUGGCAUUUUGUAGUAUUCCGGCGUCUCUCUGCACGGCUUUGGAUCCUCUGGCACCAUCGGACAGACAUCACGAACCUGUCAUUAUUAAUUUGAACUGUGUUGCAGUGGCUUCACCGAGCUCUCUACCAUUUGAUACUUCUGCUUCCUUCAACUUUAAAAAGGCUAAUUAUAGCAGUAUUAACGCUGCUCUGGCUUCGACAAAUUGGAAUGAUCUCCUUGAUGGUCAUGAGUGGGACGUUGACAUGGCGCUUGAUUGUUUUUACCGGAAAUUAUUCGAAAUUAUUAGCUGCAACGUUCCACUUUCUGGCCCAUUCACUGCUAGAUUCCCCAGUUGGAUGUCAGUCGAAUUGAGAGCUGCCAUUUCUCAGAAGAAGAUUGCCCACCGGAUAUUUAAGGCUUCAGGAGAUGGUCAGGCAUUGCAUGACUUCAGGAACUUCCGGAUAAUUUGCAAGCGUCUGACGUUGCGCGAUUACAACCGAUUUAUUUGUGAUGUUGAGGAGUCAUUGGAGUCUGAUCCUGGAGAAUUCUGGAGGUUUGCUAACCCUAAGGAUUGUGGCUCUGGCUAUCCUGAUAGUAUGUAUUAUAAUAGUAUCGAUGCCCAUGAUGGUCCGGAUAUUGUCAACUUGUUUGCGGAGCGAUUUCCUUCGGUUUUUUCGUCAACUUCACUACUUAAUGGUUUCGAGGGGCUAACGUUUGAUUCUAAUACGCUGUCGGACAUUUCUCUUGAUAUUGAAGAGGUAAUUCAGGGCCUUGCUGGCCUGAAACCGUCAUCUGCGGCCGGAUCCGAUGGAAUCCCGUCUACUUUUUUUGUAAAUUGUUCCAAUUGUUUAGCUCAACCGAUCAUGUCUAUUAUGAAUUUAUCUCUACGAUCCGGUACCUUUCCUACUGCUUGGAAACAAGCUUUUAUCAUUCCGGUGUAUAAGAGGCGUGGUGACAGGAGAAAUGAUUCGGGAACUAUAACUCAAAAGGAAUCGGCCGAAACGCCGAUGAGAAUUGAACGAUAUUUAUCAAAGAAAGUUAUGGAAAUUUGCAAUUAA